GUUCCAUCCUGACUACCUCCUCCCUUUGCUCUGGGUCCGUCCCCUGUCGCUUGCUGGGUUCCACUCUGUCCUGCCUUGCCCAACUUUCACGCUGUGCUUUGGGCCCCAAAACCGAAACCGGUGGCCUCAACGUGAGGCACCCGAUGGCAGCUGGCCUCGGAGGUUGAGCAACCGGGCCUUGCCCCAAAGCGACUCGCACUCUCCUCCACUUCCCCUCCACCCCUUCUGGGCUGAAAAAGGAAACCACGUCUUCCCUUUUUUGUGCCCGGUGGAAGGGAUGCCAGGAACCCCCCUGGACGGGACAGAGAGCCGCUAAAACCAGUGCCCGGAGGUCCCCAAAGUGAAAGAUGUCUCUCCCGUUGGUGGUGGUGGUGGUGGUGUUGGGCCUCGUGGUCCGCCCCUCCGCCCCCGAGUGCCCCCCGUCCCAGAGGGGCAACGACACGGGCGUUUGCGACUGCCAGACGAUGUCCCGCAUCUUCCGCGACUGCCUGCGAUGCCCGCCGGAGCUGGGCUGCCAGUGCGCGACCCCCGAGAAGCUCCUCCUCAACGUGACCGACUUCUACGGCCGCUUCUGCUGGGGCCCCCCGCCCAACAUUGUCUACGUGGCCUUCGUGGUGCCCAUCAUGGGCGCCCUGCUCAUCCUCGCCAUGGGAUACCUGAUCGUCCGGAGCCGGAAACAGGCCCCGUCGGUGGCGGGAGACAGCAAGCGGUCCUCCAACACCUCCGAGGGCCACUCCCGCUACGCCAACCAGGGAUCCUGGACCAACUACGAGAACUCCUUCAUGGACAGAGAAUCACGGCGGGGAAGCAGGCCACCCCAAGUGCAGUAUGCCGCCGGACCCCACGGAGAGCAACCCAUCUACGCCAACUCCCAGGGCGUGUAUUACAACUACGUCCCGUCGCAGGUCCAAGGGGUCCAGCGGGAACCCCUCUACGCCCGUCCGGAUCACUGACCGGGAUCACUGAUCACUACGGGCCACCCAACCCCUUUGCCCACCACUUGUCGUCUUCUGGAUUUUUAUGGAUGCAUUAAAUCGAUUUCUUUAGUGA